AUGAAAGCAGAAGGAAUUGAGGAGGAGUGUAAGAAAUUACAGGCUGUCAAGAGGCAUAACCUGACUAAAAUGUGGUUCAUGAAGAUCAUUGAUGAGAGAGAGAAGAAUCUGGAUGACAAGGCGUAUCGUAACAUCCAGGAGCUUGAAACGUAUGCUGAGAACACUCAGAGUGCUCUCUUGUACCUCACCUUGGAAAUGCUGGGUGUGAGGGACAUCCAUGCUGACCAUGCAGCCAGUCACAUUGGGAAAGCACAAGGCAUAGUUACCUGUUUGAGAGCAACUCCAUAUCAUAGUACAAGACAAAAGGUCUUUCUUCCCAUGGACAUUUGUAUGUUGCAUGGAAUUUCACAAGAGGAUGUCAUAAGAGGCAAGCAAGAGAAAAAUGUGAGAGAUGUAAUUUAUGACAUUGCCAGCCAGGCCCAUAUUCAUCUAGAACAUGCUAGAUCUUUCAGUAAGAAAGUUCCUGUGAAGGCGUAUCCUGCUUUUUUCUGUACGGUUGCUUUAGACGAUUAUUUAUGUAAUAUACGAAAAGUGGACUUCAAUAUAUUUCAUCCAAGCUUACAAAAGAAGAGUACAUUAUUACCAUUGCAUUUGUAUAUUAGAUCUUGGAAAAAAACAUAUUAA